UCACGCCAAAUCGACGGCAUUUCGUGUUUCUCAAAUGACAUCGCUGAAUGAACGGAUCAAUGAGGUGACCGCUCAUUCUCAUUCAUUCAAUGCUGUAUGGUUGACCCCAGGACUCUCCCACUUCCUUCCUGGUCAUGAUAUAGAUCGGUCGCGUUACCGUCGCGGUGCGUAUCGCGGCUCCGAAGCCGCCAUGGCCCACGUGGCUAAAGAUGUAGACCGCGGGGCGGUGUCUAUUUUAUCUUGGUUAAGUAGUUUAUAGUUUAACCCAGUGUAGUAGUAAUAAGUGAGUCUAGUGUAACGAAUACACAUAAUUUAUUGCUAGUCAGUGCUUUUCAUUCAAUCACCUAACCUAAACGGCGCGAGGCGUGCGCCGUCAUUCAGCAACCCGAAGCGGCGUCUUCCCGGCUCCAGGGCGGGCCAGAGCAGAGCCUAGUCGAGGCGACAGGCAUUCAUCAGACCAGCGUGCGCGGGGCGCGCACGCGACCUACUCGGCGGUCCACGAGAGGACCGAGUCAUCGUGGACGAGCACGCACGGCGUGCUGGCAAUGUGUUAAGUUAAGGUGAUCGUCGAAGCGAGUAAGUCUUUGACGGCAACAUUUAGUGGAACAUGCGAGGAGCAUGACGUCACGUAGCUAGCUGGACGAGCAGGCUGCAAAUCAAGAGGCCCACAAGGGGGCCAUUCUCAUCGGUUGCGUGCGCGCAAGGCGUGCGCGCACCGUACCCAGUUGGCGACAGGGCGCAGGAAGCUUUGUAUCCAACAUUUUUGGUGGAUCCCAUGAGGGAAGUACGGUGCUUCGUGAGACGGAAGCGGCGUGCGUCGGACUAAAGCACGAUAAAGAGGGGAAGUGCGGCGCUCCGUGGGACGGAAGCGGCGUGCGUCGGACCAAAGCACGAUAAAGAAGAAAGAAAAUACGGCGCUCCGUGGGACGGAGGCGGCGUACGACGGACCACAGCACAGCAGGGAAAGAGGAACGCUUGGCGCAGCACGACGCGCGGCGACGACUGUGUUUGCUAAAAAUCAUUAAGUUUAGAAUCAGUGCGCGUAUGGGCAAUUACUCGUAGAUUUACAGUGAAGUGAGGUGGAUCGUACAAUUUCGAGGUUAUCACGUGGAGAACGACGGGAGCGCAGCAGCUCGACUCGUUCACUCAUUCGUUCAUUCGGUCACCGGUCAUUCAGCGUUCAUCGAACAAUUCAGUUCAAUCAUCUGUUAGAGACUAUUAAGUGUGUCUGUGGUCACUGGUCAGUCAUUCACUCAUUCAUUCAUUCGUUCAGAAACGUCAAUGUCAAUUCAGUGUCAUACCUAACGUUGUUUAUAUUGGAAUAGGAUGGAAUAAUUAUUUGAUUUAAUUAUUAAAAGAAUAGAUUGGAAACAGUUUUCUUGUAAAUUGAUAAUCAAUAGAAUGCCAAGUGAGUAUGGCCGUGGAAGCGGUAAAGGUACAGUUUAGCGAUAACUACCUAAUGCUCUCGGAGCAAUUGAGAGUUCAACGAUUGGAGUUUUGGGAAAAUUACAUCGAGGCCAACGAGCUACUCAUCGAACGCGAUGAAGCGUUAAGUGCGUCCACGGAGGAGGCAGCGGCAGCAAGGACUGCUACGUCAAAACAAGGUAAGAUCAAAUUACCGUCAGUGUGUUUACCCACCUUAAGUGAAAAGUUAUUUACGUCACUUGUAGACGCUUGUAUAUUUGAUGCAGGAAAAUAUUAUUGUGUGUGUGUCACCACAAGGUGAGGCGCUGUCAGUGAUACAGCACCUGCCGUUAGACGGCGCUAGUUAUAAUGUAGCAUUAGGACUGUUGCACAAGAGAUAUUAUGACAGUAGGUUGUUUAUAGAUAACUACAUCGAGCGGACACGCAGUCUGCCAUCAGUGAAGCAUUGGAAUGCCGAUAUGAGGUCUGUCUAUUAUGACCCGUCGCGGGAAUCAUUACAAGCGCUGGAGAAGCUUGGCCAGCCAAUCAGUUCAUGGUAUAAUAGGCGAAGCAGCCAUAUUGUUAAAAAAGGCAUGUUGAGAACGUGGUCACCGACGCGGUGCAUUAGGAGUUUGUCAUAUCUCAUAAUUAACUCAAUGUUACAGAAACAAUCAGGCUGGAUCCACACACUGUUCGAGGAACAACACGGAAGGAAGCUGGAGGUGCUGCCCACGAUCAAGCAGUUGCUGGAACUGUUGGAUGAACAGCGCAAAGGAUGGCAAGCAGCGCCAACAGCAGCGGAGGAGCUGCGGACUGCACAGUGUGGCCCGGCCCCUGCCCGAGGUCGAACCGGAGCAGAGGGGCAGUCUUCAAGGAAGAAGGUCCGCGCGGCGGAACAGAACCAUGAACAGGUGAACGUACCUCAGUUAUUUUACUCAUACUGCUCGAGUUCAGAAUGUCAGUCGUCAGGGCACGACUCACCAUGCGACGGAGGUGCAGCGAGGCGAACACCCCCUAUGACAGGAGAGUCAACUAAGCAUAGUGUGCGGGUAUCGCCACCAACCAUGCCGAGGGUGUCAGGCAUGACAAGCACAGUUGUAAAGAGAUCAUUUGUAGAUAAAUAUCACUUGCACCAACAGUGUAUUGGAAAUAAUAUUCAUGAUACAGGGAUGAAUGUGCCAGGCACAGUCACAGGGAUUUUGGUCAGACCUAGGGUAAAUGUACCAGUCAUUGAAGAGGUGACUACAACCAUGUAUCAAGUCAUGGGAAAAAUACCCUACUGUAAUCAAGGAUUAGAAGUUCAUUUAAGUUCAUCAAAGCUACGGUUAGCUAAAGGUUAUUUCAACAAGGAUCAAUAUAUGGAUAUCAUGCAAAGACUUGAUGUAAUAAAUUAUAUGCUCGCUGGUUCAAAGAUGUUCACUAACAUUCCAGGAGUUGAGGCCUACGACACGGUUGUCAGGCAGGUCAUCAUGAGAGUGGUGCAGAUGCACGCAUCAUCAUCAUCAUUGGUUCAAGCAAGAGAGACUUCAGUAGAGGACUACGGUCUCCACCACGCGACUCAAGGAGUCCCGGAGAGGUUCUGGAAGGCGGAGCAGCCCCCGGUGAAGAAACGGGAAUAACCAGAAUACCUACAUAGGAUACUCAAGGUCGUAUUCUUCCAUUAUUAAAUAUGUCAUGAUCAAUGGUACGUCUGCCACGGAGGGCAGACAGACCCAGGCUGGGCGGACAACAACGCUUGUCAUGCACGAACUCAUUUCAUUGGAAGCCGAAACGGCUGUGAGAUUCAAGUAUUUGCGGAAAAUACAAGGAAUUCGAAUAUGAGGCACUUGGUUGCAUGUCAAGGAUAUUCAUCAGUGUCUCACAGGUUCUGCGAGUCAGCGAUACACUGGAUGAACUGGCGACGCUGCUAGUCAUUGGAUCAAGUAUGUACAAUGGAUUCAUACAAGAAGGAAUGUGUAUUGUUGAAACGAGAAAAGGAUUGUUUCAAAACGCGGGGUUUUCAGAGAGGAAAAUCAUUUGGUGCUCGGAGUCAUAAUCCAAAUAACCUUGAAAUGUAAUUUAGCGCGAUAGUGUGUUUAAAUUGUGUAGAACACAUUUAUUAAUUUUCUAUACGUUGAUUCUUGGAGUAAUGAGAAUUACUUAGUUUAAUGAAUGUUUAUGUUUCUGACGUAUAAU